CCUCACGCGUCACACACAUGUUGUACUGCUCUAAAGAAACAAUUCACGCAGCCACAGCCUCCCGAUGUGAGAUCAAUACUGCACACAGGCGUUUUUUUUGUUCCUCAGCUGGGUCCAGCUUCCAGAGUCCAUCCUUUGGUUCACGACCUCAGCCUGUGACACAGGAAUUGCUGAGAUAACACAGAGCGCUUAAUGUUUAGCCCAAGAUCCACACACACACACACACACACACACACACACACACACACACACACACACACAAGGAAGCAGAGGGAUUACAAAGGCACAGGCACCCAUAUGCUGCCCGGGGAUGGAGGCGAGAAAGCUAAAUGUGAAGGGAGCGCAAGGUCGUAAUGACCCAGGGACUGGUGUUGAUGACAGAGCCCCAGCAGCACGGAGUCCGCCUCUCACCACCGCGGCGCGUCUCUACGUGUACGCUCUGCAUGGCUGCCUCUGUGAGGUGGCCUUCACUGCCGUGUUGGACUGGUGCAGCACCCGGGACAUGAGGCUGACAGGCCACAGCAGCCUGUGGGCGCUGCCCAUGUACGCCAUCGCCAUCUACAUCAUGGAGGUCAUGAGAGCCCGGUUGCUGGCUCGCCGUCUCCCGCUGCCGGCGCGUCUGGUGGCCUACACAGUGUUCAUCUACCUGUGGGAGUUCAGCUGGGGGGCGGGGCUGAGUUUGCUGGGGGCCUGUCCCUGGGACUACUCGGGUUACAGCUACAACCUGGGAGGACUGGUGACUCUGGAGUAUGCACUGCCCUGGACUUUGGCAGCAUUCAUAGCUGAGCAGCAUGUGAUCGGGAACACUCUGAGGAUAAGAUUGCACAACUGAACUGAUACCAGUCUUCCAAAAGUAUCUACAGAGCAUUCAUGGAAAUUAUUUUUGACAUGUUGAUGUGUAAAAAGUUGGUGCACGUCCCUGAAUUGUGCCAAUAAAUCUAACAACUUUUUUCAAA